AUGCGCUUUUUCCUCACCUAUCCAAGCUUGAUCGCACCAAACGAAAGGAAAAAUGAAGAUGCAUUCGUUAAACAAAAUAAGGAACCGUUCAGAAAGUGCAUUAAACGAUAUGAUCAGAUAUUCAUACUAGUGGAAUUAUCUGUGAAGGAAAGUCAACAAACUGUUUUUCUCCAAGAGCGCCACUUCCAGGAUGAUACAACUCGUUUGGUUGGUCCUUCCUCAGUGGUAUGCUUGAAUUCUGCAUUACAUUCCGGUUCUAGCUGGAACCCACCCAAAUGGCCAAGUUGCAUUCCGAAAUUGACCUGUCCUGAACCUUUCAUUCAGAAAGGCGCAUAUAUUACUUCCGACCUAUCCAGUACCACUUUUCGGCGCGGUGUGCAAAUGUGGUUCAAAUGUUGGGAAGGCUAUAUCUUAGAUAGCAAUAAGGUCGUCGAGUGUUUGAAGUCAGGCCUAUGGAGUGAUUCACUACCUGAAUGCAUUGAGGAUGAAAAUGGAAUGGACAAAGAUUUAAUUACAGUUUCAUUGUUCGCUCUAACAUGUUGUUUAUCUGUUAUACUUGUCAUAAUGUUUCGCGCUGUUUACCGCCAAAAUCGAUGCCUUAAACAUCAGCACGAAUCGAAUGCAACAACAACUGAAGCAAUGCUUUUCAAAACGGUGCAUUGUUCCAUGACAAUCGACCCACAUGACCAAAGUGAUACUGUGCAGUGA